AUGUGCCAAGCUUGGACGACAAAAUUGGAAGGUCAGAUCCACUCCUACAACCUGGUGACCCGGACUGAGUACCUGAGCACCUGGGAGGGGACUGCCGCUGAAGAUGACCAAUACCUGGGUUACUCCGUGGCUGUUGGCAACUUCAAUGGUGACGACAAGGAGGAUGUAGCCCUCGGCGUGCCCAAGGGUCUGAACUACACUGGCAAGUCGCUGCAGAGACAACCAAGACGACAGGACAAAGAGGAGGAGGAGGAGGAGAUUAACACAGGGAACAAGAAGAGGAAGAGGAAGAACAGGAAGAAGAAGAACAAGAACAGGAGGAGGAAGACAGCAUCGGCUCGGAAGAACGCAAAGAGGAGGAACGAAAGAAGAAGAGGAGGAGGAGGAGGAAGAGGAAAUAGAAGAUACUCACAGACGAAGAGGGAGGUAAGGAGCGAGAAAAAGAAGGGAGAGAAGGAAAACAGAAGGAUAAGAAAACACGAAGAGGAGGAGGAAAAAGUCACAGCCAAAGAAGAACCAAAAGAAGAGGAGGAAGAACAGGAAACAUGGCAGGGGUGGUUCGAAAAUACAGGAUUUCUCUUCCAGCCCAAGACAGGUUACCAAAACCUUAGCCUCCCUUCCGUAAGCCCAGAUCGCCCCUCCUAUGGCAGCUACUCCCUGGCACUUGGGCACUUCCGGGGGAGUGCCAAAAGCUGGGACGUGGCAGUGGGUACGCCUAGAGGGCCAAAUGCCACUGGAAGUCUCACUGGGAAGGUGGCUCUCUUCACAGACCAGCUGACGCCCAUCCAGAACAUCACAGGAUACCAGCUGGGGUCCUACUUUGGGUACUGUCUGGCGGUUCUGGAUUUCAACAACGAUGGAUUGGAUGACAUCGUUGUUGGAGCGCCUCUCUACACGGAUUAUAAGGACAGGGAAAUGAAGUUUGAAGUUGGCAGAGUGCAUGUGGUGCUACAGAACAGACUGCAUCGGUUCCGGCAAGUGGUGACCUUUACCGGUGAGGUCAGUCAGGGUCGCUUUGGCCUGUCAUUGACCAGCCUUGGCGACAUCAACAAGGAUGGACUGAUGGACCUUGCCGUGGGUGCACCAUAUGGAGGGCCGGAUGGUAGUGGCGCCGUGUUCAUUUACAACGGCUUUGAAAUUCACACGGGCGAGGAGAUUGACGACCACCUCAAGAAACCCAGCCAGGUUAUCUUGGCCCGGGACGUUGGUUUGGGUGUCCCAAUGGCCUCGUUUGGCUGGGCGCUCUCUGGUGGGCAGGACAUUGAUGGGAACCAGUACCCGGAUCUCCUGGUGGGCGCUACACAUGCUAACGCUGCUGUUGUGCUGAGGUCUCGUCCCAUCGUGUCCCUGCUCAACCACUCCCUCACCUUCCUCAUGGACUCCGAGGACAUUGACGUGGAGGCAACAUCGCGCAUCAACCGAGAGAAGGACUGCAAGACUCGUACUGGUCGCCUUGUGUCCUGCGUUGACCUCCAGUUCUGUGUUGGCUAUGGGGGUCUGGCAGUGCCUGAGCAGAUAGAGCUGGAGGUGAAGUAUCAGCUGGAUGGUCAGGUGAAGGACCCUCGGCUGUUCUUCCACGCCACAGACAAGCAGGGACUCAGCGAGCGACUCUCCUUGGGCCGAGGCAGAGUCAGGUGCAGGACUCACAAGACUUACGUGUCGCCCUCCCUGACGGACAAGCUCAACCCCAUCGGUGCUGAGGUUCGCCUGGCACUGGUGGAGGGCCAGAGUGCCACCUUGAGAGUGCCACGCGCAACCAUUCCGCCGGUGCUCAACCAGAAACAGAAUUUGAGCCUCAACAGCAGCAUGACCAUCAAGAACAACUGUGGACCUGACAACCUGUGCGUCCCUGACCUGGAGUUGACCUUUGAAGCGCCCGAUACCUUUGUGUUCGGCAAGGGGGAGCAGCUGGAGGUCUCGGUGCGGGUCAUGAACCAUGGCGAGGAUGCGUACCAGGCUAAGGUGUUCUUGCCUCAGCCUCCGGGCCUCCAGUACACCAUCGUGGAGAGCCGGGACAACACCUCUGCCGUCACAUGUUCCCCAAGGCACCAGGGCGGGGAGACAACGCUUGUCUGUGACAUCGGCAACCCCCUCAAGAUGCAUACUGGGGUCCACUUCGCAGUCUUCUUCCAGCAACAGUUAUCUUCCCUUGCCGACCGCCGCCUGGUGUUCCAAGUGGCCACCAACACCACCAACGCAGAGUACGAUAGGACGCUCGAGGACAACUUCGUGCGCAAGACUGUCAUGGUGGAGGUGGAUGUGGACCUGGAGCUGUUUGGGUCGUCCACUCCUGAGAACAUUGCCUACAACGCAAGCCUGUACGGAACAUACAGCCUCCUGCAUGAGGAGGACCUGGGGCCAGAGAUCCUGCACACCUUCGCACUCUCCAACGAAGGGUCGUCACAGAUCACAGAGACCGAGUUUGUCAUCCUGUGGCCCACCAAGACCCUAAGUGGUAAUCAUUUGCUGUACCUUUUGGAGCAACCUCAUGUCACAGGGCCAGCAUCGUGUAGUGUUGUGCCAGAUGUCAACCCCCUACAGCUGGAGCUGAAUCAAGAAACUUCAACAACAAAACUUCUCAGACUUCACAGUGAGAAGAAAGGAGGAGGAGGAGGAGGAGGAAGAAUUGAGGGCAGUGUAGUAAUUGAAGGAGAAACAAGUUACUCACAGGAAGGAGGAGUGGUAGAAGGAGGAGGAGGAGGAGGAGGAGUGGUGGUGAAGGAGGAGGUAGGAGGAGAGAGGAGAGAAGAAGGAGGAGGAGGAGGAAAAACAACAUACUAUGAAGAAUCAUCCUUCACCACAUACACCACAGGAGGAGAAGGAGGAGGAGGAGGAGGAGGAGGAAACUACUCAAGCUCCUCCUCGACGUAUUCCUCCUCUUCCUCAUCAUCCCGAACAUUUACCUCCUCCUCCUCUUCCUCCUCUUCCUCUUCCUCUUCCUCCCAAGAUGCCUCUUCUGAUCUUCUCUCAAGGAGGACAAGGCAAGCGGACUACUCAGAAGAAUGGGAGAAGGAGAUCAACAACUGCGGCCUCACCAAGUGCACCAAGAUUCACUGUGUCGCUGGACCUCUGACUGAACGGGACAUUGCCUACGUUUACGUCCGCUCCCGUCUCUACCUCAGGACACUGGAGGAGUACCCCUACCAGGAUGUCAGCAUUUCCAGCCGAAUGGUCUCGCGAGUCACCGCUCUUCCGCAUGGCAUUGACCCCAAGGAAGUCCCGAUCCGCACCAAGGACGUGACCACCCCCGUCUCCCCUGCCAAGUCCCUGGACACAGCCCCAAGCAUUCCGUGGUGGGUCAUCGUGCUGUCCAUACUUGCUGGGUUCCUUAUCCUCCUCUUCAUCAUCCUGCUGCUAUGGAAGCUCGGAUUCUUCAAGAGGCAGCGGCCCAAGUCUACAGCCUCUUAAAACACACACACACACACACACAGAGAAACACCUACACACACAUACAUACAUACAUACAUACAUACAUACAUACAUAAGAGAUACUGGUUUACAUAUAUAUAGUAGUAUUUAUAUUAACAGAGAGACAAAUAACACACACACACACACACACACACACACACACACACACACACACACACACACACACACACACACACACACUUCCUCUCCUUCCCUACAUUUCCCUUCCCUUCCCUUCUCUUUCAUGGUGUGUGUGUGUGUGUUUGUCUGUCUGUCUGUCUGUCUGUGCCUAUCUGUGUGUGUGUGUGUGUGUGUAUUCUUUUUCACACUAACCUGACAUUUUUUAUAAUUUAUUUUCAGAUUUUUUCACAUUUUAAUGUUUUGCUAAUACCCUUUUAUUUCUGUAGUUAAUUAUUUACACUAUUAAUUUAUUUAUAACUCUUGCUCUCUCUUCCAUUUUGUAGUUCAUUAUUUAUUUAUUUUUCCGGAACAGGACGUUUCGGGAUCUUACAUUUAUAGAUAUUUUUUUGAGAUUACGUAUUUAUAAUUAAUAUUUGUACAUAUGUGUGUGUAUGCAUGUAUGUGUUCAACUACACACACACACACACACACACACACACACACACACACACACACACACACACACACACACACACACACCAAGAAAGUAAUAAAAGAGAAGGAUAGGAAGGAAAAACAAAGGAAGGAAAAGAAAAACAGAAAUAAAAGAAGGAAAAUAUACACACACACACACACACACACACAUACACUCACACA